UUUUCCUUCCUAUAUCUUUGAACUUGAAUUCUCAUAUAUAAAUUUCUUUAAGAACUUAGUGUUGUGAAGGAAAAUGAAUAGUAAUAUAACAAGAGAACCAGGUUUAUAUGUCUCAGUUACACAAAUGGAUGUUAGUGCUACAGCCUUCAAAGUUUGUUCUGUUGCUCCACCAAAUAUUGUUUCAGAUGGAAUAUGGGGUGGCCCAGAUAGUAGAAAGAAUCCAAUGAAGUCUGCACUUCCUGUGUUUGAGAUGCAGCUUCUUGUGAUUUUUACUAUCACACAAAUCUGCAAUUUCUUCCUAAAACGUUUGCAUUUCCCUGCAUUUAUUGCACCAAUGAUAGUUGGCCUAAUUCUAGGACCUUCAAUUCAAAAUGCGGAAUUUGACAAAUACAAGAAGUUGUUGUUUCCAUAUGGAAGUCAAGACAUACUUGCAACAAUAUCAUUAAUUGGUUAUGGACUUUACAUCUUUACCACUGCUGUGCAAAUGGAUUUGAGCAUGGUAAUGAGAACAGGACACAAGGUUUGGACCAUUACAAUCAUGGGAUUUGUCGUGCCUAUACUGUUUAGUAUUGUGCCUAAAUUCUUGGUGUUAGAAGUAGUAAAUGAUUUUCGAUUCGGAGAUAUGACUAAAGAACAGUUGGAAGCAGAUAUUUUUAAGGUGGCGAUAAUACAUAGCUCGGUUGCAUUCGCAGUCACUGCUACGCUCCUCAACGAACUUAAAAUCCUUAACUCCGAACUCGGAAGAUUGGCAUUAUCAUCAGCAAUGGUGACUUCCGUCCUAGGACUGUCUCUUCAAUGUAUUUGGAAUGUCGUAGAUCAAAAAGACGGACACAAGAUGAUAAUCCAUGGGAUGUUAUUGGUUGCUUUAGUUAUCUUUGCUCCAUUGAUUUUUCGGCCAUUAAUGUUUUGGAUCAUCAGACAUACUAAAGAAGGAAGACCUGUGGAUGAUGGUUACAUCUAUGGUAUCAUUGUAAUGGUAUUAGGUUUAGGUUGGUUUGCGGGUUACAUAAACCAAGAGUUUGCAUUAGGUGCAUAUGUUUUGGGGUUAGCUGUGCCAGAAGGACCUCCAUUAGGAUCUGCAUUGGUUAGGAAGCUUGAAUUCUUUGGGACAAGUUUGCUUCUGCCAAUAUUUAUGACUUGUUGUGUGAUGAAGGCAGAUUUUACUUUGCCAUAUACAUUAAAGGCAGCUAUUGAUUUUGGUGGCAUCAUUUGGUUUACACACACUGUCAAAGUAAUAGCAAUCCUUAUACCUUCCCUCAUUUGCAAAAUCCCCUUCAAAGAUGCCUUGACUCUUGCCCUCAUUUUGAAUGCCAAAGGAGAAGUGGAUCUUGCCAAACUUUCAUUUGGAUAUGAUGACCAGGUUUUUCCUGGCCAAGUUUAUUCAGUGAAUGUAAUCAACAUAAUGGUCAUAGCUUGCAUAAUAAAAUGGUCAGUGAAGAUAUUGUAUGAUCCAUCAAGAAAAUAUGCCGGCUACCAGAAACGGAACAUCGUGAGUUUAAAACCCGACGCAGAACUCAGACUAGUUGCUUGCAUUCACAAACAAUACAACAUAUCAGCUAUAACAGACGCCCUUGACGUUUUUUCUCCAACAACAGAAAAACCUAUCAUUGUGGAUGCAUUACAUCUUAUUGAGCUAGUUGGAAUGUCAUCCCCAAUUUUCAUCUCCCAUCGUCUUCAAAAAAUGGUUUCAGGUUCUCAUAGGUCUUACUCAGAUGAUGUCAUUCUUGCUUUGGAUCUCUAUGAACAUGAUAACUAUGGUGGAGUAACCGCACACGCUUACACCGCCAUAUCUCCACCGACCCUUAUGUAUGAAGAUGUUUGCCAACUUGCAUUGGACAAAGUUACAUCCAUCAUAAUUCUUCCAUUCCAUAGAAGAUGGACUAUUGAUGGUGGCAUUGAAUCUGAUGACAAGAACGUAAGGUCCUUAAACUGCAAGGUACUAGAAAUAGCUCCAUGCUCAAUAGGAAUCCUCGUGAAUCGAUCUUCCUUAAAAAACAAUUCAUUCAUUAAGCUAGCCAUGAUUUAUCUUGGUGGAAGAGACGACAGAGAAGCUUUGUGCUUAGCUAAAAGAGCGACUAGCAACCCGGGGAUCAACUUGGUUGUGUACCACCUUACAUUUGAGGAUCACAUUCACAUGGAAAACUUGGAGUAUAUACUUGACAAUGAGGCACUCGAAGAAGUAAAGAAACUACCACAUUAUGGCUCGAAAAAUGUUUGUUAUCAAAAAUUGAUUGUAAAUGAUAGUCCAGGGACAUCAACUAUUCUUUGCGAUAUAGCGAAUGAACAUGACUUUUUUAUUGUUGGGAGAACACAUGACUCAGACUUGCCUCAGAUAGAAGGACUAGCAAAAUGGACUGAAUUUUCAGAGUUAGGUGUCAUUGGUGAUUUGCUUGCUUCACCAGAUCUUGGGAGCAGAGCUGGUGUUUUGGUAGUGCAACAACAAGCCAAAGACAAAUAAAUAGUUGCUGGGUGGAAGCCAAUAUAAAGAACAAAAAACCAAAGAAAUGGAAUGUUCUCUUUUUUCUAGGAAAUCUGGUUGUAUCAAGUGAUGGAAAAAGACUAGAGAAAUAGAAAGAAAGAACAUAAAUGUUUCAGUACAUGUUAUUCACAUUUAAUUUUUAUUUUUUU